GGUACGCACGCGACGCCGCUGGAUCUGAUAUCUCACUGGCGUGUACUCCCAAUACAUUUAUGAACUUUUUAUAAACCGAAUUCAGUCAAGUGAUCUUUGAAAAAUUAUUUUAAAACUCUGCUCUCAUUGUUAAAUACUUAAUAUUUUUUUAAUUUAAUAAUAAAAAGGAUUUUUUUUAUUAUUUUAUCCUAUUAUUUUUAAUAAUUACGGUAGUUGUGAGACUUUUAGUCGAAAUUGAUUUGUGUCUGUCAGGAAACGUGACACUCCAGCCGUUGUAUGUGAAGUGUCCUGGGUCUUGAGGAUGUCACGUUAAUGGCAUUUGACAUCAACGAGUAUUGAAUGUAAAUCAAGCAAAAAAAGCAUCGUUAACCUAGAAGAAGAUUUUGAUAAAAAUGGAACGAUAAUAUUUUAAAAAUGGAGUCCACCGAAGAUGAGUUUUACAGCAUAUGUCUUAAUCUUACAAGUGAAAAGAUUGCUAGUCUUGGGGGAUGUAACUAUACAACGGAAUUCGAAAAUGGGGAAAUGCUUGAAAAUAUCGUGUCCAAAGUUGUUCCAAUUUUCUUUGGUUUCAUUGGAAUCGUAGGAUUAGUUGGAAAUGCCUUAGUGGUAGUUGUUGUUGCUGCGAACCCUGGAAUGAGAUCUACCACAAACCUAUUAAUCAUCAACUUGGCUGCAGCUGACUUACUUUUCGUUAUAUUUUGUGUUCCAUUUACUGCUACAGAUUAUGUCAUGCCCAGAUGGCCUUUCGGAGAUUGGUGGUGUAAAGUAGUCCAAUAUUUCAUUGUGGUCACUGCUCAUGCAUCGGUGUAUACACUGGUACUUAUGUCUUUAGACAGAUUUAUGGCAGUAGUCCAUCCAAUAGCAUCAAUGUCUAUAAGAACAGAGAAGAAUGCUUUAUUAGCAAUAAGUUGCAUAUGGGUUGUGAUCCUUACUACGGCAAUACCAGUUGGAAUAUGCCACGGUGAAAGAGAAUAUUCAUAUUUUCAUAGAAAUCACUCGUCAUGCGUGUUUCUUGAAGAACAGGGUUAUAGCAAGUUGGGCUUUCAGAUGUCCUUCUUUUUAUCUUCAUACGUGAUACCAUUAACGCUUAUUAGUGUGCUUUAUAUCUGCAUGCUGUCCAGGCUGUGGAAGAGUGCUCCUGGAGGACGAGUGUCCGCUGAGAGUAGAAGAGGCAGGAAGAAAGUAACAAGAAUGGUUGUAGUAGUCGUUGUAGUAUUCGCUGUUUGCUGGUGCCCAAUACAGAUAAUACUUUUGAUGAAGGCUUUAGACAAGUACAACAUAACCUACUUCACGGUGACAGCACAGAUCGUCUCCCACGUGGUCGCCUACAUGAACAGUUGCGUCAAUCCUGUACUCUACGCUUUUCUGUCCGAGAACUUCAGGGUCGCAUUCAGGAAGGUAAUGUACUGUCCACCGUUAUAUACGGAAGGUAUGUCCGGACGACCUCAGCCUACCAAGACGACACGAACCGGCAACGGGAACUCUUGUCACGAUAUUGUCUGAGAAUCGUUACGUAGUCGCACGCAUGUCGUAUCCGAACAGGCUACGAUUGUAUAGAAUAAAGCGUGCGGCUAUUGAUCUACAUUGAAGUAUAAAUAAAACUUGACAAUCAUAACAAAUUACCUUUUCAACUAAAUAAUUACGAAAUUACAUUUAACGUACUUAAUAUAAUGAAUGGUAGAGUCUGUUUUUCAUAUAUAUAAUAUAAUUAGUGAAUUUUCAAGCUAAAAGUUAUAAAAUUAAAACUGUAGCAAUAUCUACUGUCUUUGUCUAUUUUAAAACAUUAUAAAUGUUAUUAAAAUAUAAUUCAAAGUUAGGUGAUAGUUGAUGUAAAUAUACUCUGAUUACGUAAUUAGAGAUUAAUGAAAAAAAAAACUUAAAUUAUUCAGUUUAUUGUAAAUAUUAUAACGAAAUAGUUUUUAAUGUAAAUAUUUAGUCGCUCUCAAAUACAUAGUUGCUACAAAUGUGAUUUUAGCUUGAAUAAUUAAGUUAAUUGUAUGAAACACUUGUAUAUUUCCAUAUUUUUGAGCCCAAAUAUGGAAAUACGCGAAUACGAUUUAUUUAAUAAGUACGUAUAUUAAAUUAAUGUAAUAUAAUUACAAUACCCACAGCCUAGUAUAUAAUAUAGAGUUUAACAUCGAAAUAAAUGAAGGCUUAGACUUAAUCGUGAGCAGUAUAUAGAGAGUAGAUAGAUGUUUAUGUAGGAAUAGAUGCAGAUUUUAUAAAAAAAAAACUUGAUUUUUGCUUUUAUUGUUUCUUAUAACGAUGUAGACAUAAAAUGUCUUUUGUGUAAAUUAUAUUA